AUGUUGUUUGUCAUUGCAGUGGCCGUUACACUGGCAAUAGAUGCAAAGAUGUCACUAAAAGGCCAACUUGAUGAUGCCCGUAUGCGUUUGAUUGAACAAUCUGAAACUGUCUUUAAUGCUGUGAAUAAGCAAAGGGAAAUGAUGGAUAUUAUGAGGGCGUUGGUAUCUGAUGCCAAGGUGGUAGUCAUGAGUUCAGAAAAGUCAUUUGAACAGGAAAUUAGACAAAUCAAGGCUAUUGAAAGACGUAGUAUAGAGUUGAUUGAAGAGAUGAUGCCAAAACUUGAAAGGGUACGAGAAUCCUCCGGGAAGUUGUGCAAGGAAAUUAAAAGGGUUUUAACGAAUGAUGUCGGGGAUUCCAUCCUGGAAGGUACUCUGGAAUCGGUCACUCAGGUGAUGAACAAAAAUGCAAAUGUCCUCAAGGAUAUAGAUGAUGGCUAUAAAGUCCUCACUGAAAGGCUGGAAUUGAUGAAGAAUCAGACGGAAACACUAAAGAAUAUUGUGGCUCAAGAGUUGCCAAAGGAAAAGGUUUCAAAUUACAAUGGAGACUUGUAUGAGACAUUCGUGGAUGAUGAAGAUGUAGAGCUUCAAAGUGACCAGCCUGGGCCUCCGGGAAAUACUGGCCAACAAAAGUCCAAGAGAAAUGUAAGCAAGGACCCUUCUAGAGAGGAACUAUACACUCUAUUCAUAGACUCAACCUCUUUGGAACCAUUUAGAAAGACCGAACUCAUCAACAUUAGCAAUGCAAUCGAGAAUCUCCUAAAGAAGCAUUUGCAGGAGACGAGUGUCAAAAGAACCGACGUCAAGGAAAGGAAUAAAAAUGCAAUAGAACGUGUGCAAGAAUUUUUGGACACAAUUGAUAAAAUUCCAAGUCAAUUACGUACUGAACCAUUACGUAGAACAAACACUGAGCUCCUAAAAAACAGGAAAAAAUUGGUAGAACUCGGAAAGGUAAUGGUGGAACACAUUGAAAAUGAGGAAAGGAUAACUGGGAGAUACAUGAAAGAUGUCAAAGAAUGUCUUUUCAUGUUGGAUAGAGUUAAUGGAGAGGUUGUACCUGAUGAUAUGCAGAAAAAAUGCACCGAUGCCUUUAAAGGGUCGCUAAUCAAGAUUGAAACUGGGACCAACGACAAAAUUAUCGAGAAACAUCUUACGGAACUUGGAAACAUAAUGGACAAUAGCGAAGGUACCAUUGAAAGGAUUACAAAGGCUCAAAAUCAGACCGUUCCUACUCCAAGAAAGAGUACAGGUGGACUAAAGAGAAGAAUUAAUGGGACGCUAUACUAUGGACCAAAGGGAGCUGCCAUCAUCACAGGUCUUUUGCUAACAUACUCUUGGCUCUAUAUAUCUUGA